CUCUCCUCUUCAGACACAGGCACACAGCGUCACAGACAGAGAGCCAACGGAGCAAGCGUGCGCGGCGCGAGAGUGGGGAGAGUGAAGAUGCCGAAGAAGAUGGGAAUAAACAGUAAAGCCGAAGCGUCUAGGGCACGAAAGAGUGCCACAGAGGCGGAGCGCAAGGAUCGAGAGGCUCGCGAGAAGGAAGAUCAAUACUGGAGAGAAGCCGAGGGCACCAAAUCUCGAGCCGCCAAGAAACGCGAAGAGGAAGCCGAGAAGCGUGCAGAGGCCGCUGCCCGCAAGGCCGAAGCCCGACGUCUCGCCGAGCUCGAAGAGAAGGAGAUCGAAAAAGCUUCUAAGAAGCCUGACAAGAAGGCCAACCGAGUCUCUAUCCCUGUCCCCAAGGUCACCGAAGCUGAGCUCCAGCGUCGUCGCGAGGAGGAGAGGCUUCAGAUCCUUCAGCGCGCUGAGGAAGUCAAGAAGCAGCAGAGUCACACUGCCAACGAAGAGGAAUAUGAGCGCAUGGUGCUCGUGUCCAAUACUAACCGUGACGAUUCCCUUAUCGAGGUCCACUCUGUUGAGGACGCUAUUGCUCGUAUGGCCGUUUCAGAUAACCUUCCCCCCGACCGGCAUCCAGAGAAGAGGCUAAAGGCAUCGUUUAAGGCAUUUGAAGAAGCAGAGCUCCCCAAACUGAAGGAAGAAAAGCCAGGUCUUACCCACACUCAAUACAAAGACAUGAUAUGGAAGCUAUGGAAGAAAUCUCCAGAUAACCCUCUUAACCAGGUAGCGGAGUGAUUGCAUCUCGCCUGCCUCCAUGGGUUAUUGUUUUCUCUAGCUUCUGUAUCUUCUCUAUAUGUUGCUCCUAUGAACUUUGGACCCACAGAGCUGUAUGAGUUUGUGGUAUUUUUCCUCACCGGGUCCUGGAGUGAUGCUUUUUAAUUCCAAUCUGUUUCGCCUUGGCCACUCUACUUAGCCUGCAAUUUAUUUGUUACGCUGGCAAUAAAACGUUGGCAGGUGUUGUAUAUAUUAAGGAGACGAAAUAGUAUUUGAAAUAAUAGAUGUUCGGUCGCUCUCUUUAUCAA